AUGACAUAUCGGGAGCUUGUGGAGCAAACCAAGCCCCUCUCCCGGUACUGCACACGGAAAGUACACUUCAAGGCCCGCUCUCCUGUUCCCAUCUGUGCCGGAAAGUCCAAUUGGAUUGUGAUGGCAGUCCUGGGCCUGCUAUUGUCGGAGGCUUACUUUGUUCUGCUUAAUCCGUUCCAGACCCACGCGCGCCUGUGGGCUAUAAUUGUCGCCGUGGACGCAGUCCUUGUCAUUUGCUCUUCCGCCACCGUCAGGCUGAUGAAGAAACCUGCCUCAGCACGACCUCGUCCAGGCCACGGCCGAAAGAGCAACGACUCCCGGAGACCCAGCAUAUAUCCUCUACACCACGGGGACCAUAGGCACACCAAAAAAGCCGUGCCCAACCAGCAGACAGUAUUGACCGGUCUUCACGAGCACGCUGUGCCCUGCGGAAUGACGGCGAUGGACUCUGAUUUGCGGUCUUUGCAGUUCGCAUCAUACGCCUUCCACAUAUUAAUCAGGGACAUCUUCAGCACUAUCGAGGCCGGCGGCUGCCUCUGCAUCCCGAGCAAGCAGGAAGAUACUGGGUCGGCGGAGGUCAUGGAGUUUAUAGCUCGCAACCAGACUGACUGGGGUGACAUCACGCCCUGCCUUACGUCAUUCUUGGGCCCGGCCAAGGUGCCAACUCUGCCGGCCAUUUGCCUUAUGGGCAAGCCGCUGGCUCGGUCCCAGGCCGAGGCGUGGUCGAGCCGCCUCCAGCUCAUCAACAUCUACGGUCCGAGAGAGUGCACAAUUGCAUGCCUCGCCAACAGUCGCGUUAAGGCCAAGUGA